GUGAGAGGGCCAUUCAUGAAGUGUGAGUGAGAGUGAAAGCAUGACUGUGGUGGCAGCGGCAGUGGUGAGAUGGGCGGCGGCGGUGUUGGUGGUGGCGGGUGCGGUGCAGGCAACAAGCUUGGUGGACAUCGGGCGAUGCAAGAACGGUUGUUCGUCGGUGCCUGAGGACCUGUGGCCAUCCUGCUGCGAGGUGCAUAACACCUGCUGCCAGGAAUUCGCGGAGUCCUGCAUGCAUGACUGCCUACCCCGAGUCCACACAGGAGACGUCAGUGUGGUGGAAGAGCGCCCUGGCAUGUGCUGUGCCCUGUACAACCUGUGCUGCUUCAGAGAGACAUUCAGGAUCUCCUCAUCCAAGACCAAGAAGCAGGAACCUGUCAGCUUCCCCAUCGUGCAUCGCUUCCACGUCAACCCACCAACCUCUGAGGAGGCCAGCAGGAUUCCUGCUAGCAGGCCUGCACCACGCCCAUCCUUCCAGCCUGCCGAACAGGACCAGAACUCGCCCACAAGGCCAACUCUCUCCAAAAAGCCAUUUAGACCAAGCCAAUCUGAUGGCUUCAAGAAACUUCCUGAUGACGACAAUACUGAUGAUUCAAAGAAGCCCAGAAGCCGUCCUAAAUUCUCCAGCAUUCUGAACAGGAAUGCAGCAGAAACUAGGGGAACCAGACGCCCUGCUGGUGUAGACAUCCGCCUGGAGGUGUCUGCCCCAGAGGUGGCAGAAGCAGAGCCCAUGGGUGGUUCCCGGCGCCUGGAUGCCUCCAUCAACCCCGUGGUUACAAGGAAGAGGUUGCUGGUGAACACUGAGCCUCGACAACCAAGAGUUCAGGCUGAGGAGUCUGAGCCUGAGGAAAGGGUACCAAGAGGCAGGAAGCUUCAGGACUCCCCAGCACGUGAGGGCCGUACGCUUAGUGGUGGACGAAGCACUAGUCGCCCAACACCGCCACAGUCAAACCGACUGGCUGCACCACCGCAGUCAAACCGACCAGCUGCAUCACAACAGUCUACCCGAUCACAGCCAGCAGUACCAGAGAUCCCUCGUGUAUCAACAAGGACACCAGCAAAAGUACCACCCACCUCACCUCAACCUGCUCAAGUUGACACACCUAAGACAACUACUGAGGUGAAACCAAGUGCAGCCCCAGCUACAGUACAACCUGUGAAAGAGAGUGAGAGUCCUGAUGCUGAGGGAGAGGCUAGUGACACAGUUGACACAAUAAUCAGUACAGUACAAGAAGCCUCAGGUACACCAGUAGACCCUACAUCUACAGCCCCAGCAGCAGAGGACGUUGCCGCAGAGACAAACCCAGAAGCACCUGAAAAGAAGGCAGCCGAGACACCAAGCGAACAAGCCGAAACGGAGACAGAAACUGAUGCAGCAGAACCAGUUAAGGCACCUGCAAACACUGCCUUCACUCCUCCUGAAAUUGUGGUCAACAUCCCUGAGGUAUCAAGAACAGAGGAGCCAGCGCGGGAGAGAGGCAGCUCACGAUCCACUGAUUCAAGGGCACAGGAAGCAUCUCGUGGCCAGUCUCAACCACGCAGUGAAGAGCAGACACAGGGAAGGAGCAGAACCACCACCCGGGGACAGAAUGGGGAUAGGACCACAUCCAGGACAGCUUCUCAGGCCGCUGUGAGGGAGAACACAGACACUGCCCGCCAGUCUCAAGUCAGGGGGAGCUCCAGAACGAGAUCUUAAGGGAAGACUCCAAUGAAUGUUAAGGAAACAUUCAAAUUAACACAAACAUGGAAAUUAUAACUUAGGUUUAAAUGUUUUCAGUGUACAACAUAUUACUUUCUAAACAUUUUACUAUUAUUAUUUUUUGUCUCAGUUAUUGUUGUAGAUAGUUGUGUGAAAAGACAAAAACCUUGGUGUGAUGUAUAGUGAGUGCCAUGUUGCAAGUUCAAUUCAAAGCAAGGCAGUUGUAUGUAUAUAGAUACUUAUGUCAUUCCAGUUGAAAUAAAAAUUAUAAACCUUUGUGUCA